CUUCCCUCCCCCCCCACACCUGUUCCCACUCCUCGUCGCCACCGUCGCACGCCAUCGCCACCACCGGCACGGCGAGAGGAGGUCCACAUUGCCGCCCCGCGUGGAGUCCUUGCGUCCGCGCAGGGCCCGCGCUGCAGCCGCCACCGGUCGAGCACUCUCUGCGCCCCCCGGGCAGCGCACGGAGCAUGCCCUCCGCCGGUGCGGCUGCAGCAGCAGCGCGCGAAUGCCAGGGAGGCAGGCCCGAGGCAGCUGACGUAUCUCGGCGGCGCGCACAGUGCGGUGGUGCGAGGCGCCACCCCCGCGCACGCGCCGCCAACUGUCGCCGCUUCGGAUUUCCGAUCGCCGGUGUUCCUCCUGCUCUCGGCCUGUCGCGGGCGCGCAGCCGUGCUCGGAGGCCGCGCAGCCGUGCUCGGAGGCCUCGCUCCGCGGUACUCCGAGCCUGCCGCCUGCCCGCGCGGCGCCGCGGAGGAGGCGCAGGCGGCCGAGCCGCCGGAGCCCGCGGCGGCCCCCCUGGCGGAGAGACGUUCCAGCACUCUGCGGCUCCCGCGAUCCCGACGCAGAAAGUCAAGCCCAGCCGACUUAAAGUUAGAGACAGGUGCUUCUGCUGCGUCCCGGGAUGCUGCCUAGUUUUGCGGCAAGGAUCCCCUUGUUGGCUUCACGGCAGCAGCUCGCCAGCUCAAGUCGGACAGGGACAGGUGCGAGUCGAUGAACCCAGC